AUAAGAUAGAUGAUAUUAUUAUUCGAUUACUUUCAGAUUGAAAUACAAGUCUUAAUUUGAAGUCGAAGAUAUAGAAAAAAGGUUAGCAUAAGGUUUUCGGUUUUGAAUAAAUAUAACGUUCCCAUUCAAUAAUUUUUUGAAAAGGAUAUGUUUGUGUAAAAUAAGAAGGAUCUUGACGGGUGUAAAUACAUGCACUAAAUACUCAUCUUGCACCAAUCACAAGGCAACACGAAUACAUAUUUAUAAGAGGCUAAGGCUAUUAAUCAAGAUCUUGCAUAUUUUGUAUAGAAAAAUGAAGAGUGACUCAUCACAUUAGGGAGUAUAGAAAAUAUCUCAGGAUUUGCUUUUAGCUCCAGCAUGUCAAACUAUCUAGAUGCCAACACAAAGCGCAAAUUAACAAAAGAAAAUAUUUAAAUAAUAUAUUUUUAAAAAAUAAAAAAUAAAGAAGGAAUCCAUCACCAAAAGUUCAUUAAAAAAUUGAAUAUAAUACAAACCCUUUUGCUUCCUUGUGUCUCCCUCUUUCUUUCUCUCAUCUCUCCUAUCUUCUCCAUAUAUACUUCUUCUUCAGACCCCAAACCUCCAACACACACAAAAACACAAUCUCUCUGUGCAAUUUUCUCCAAAGUUUCAACUUUUCAAUUUCAGUUUUCUCUUAAAGCAUUUCACAUUUUCCUUUAUUACAAAUUCACAUUUAGUGAAAUAAAACCACAUCAAGACAUUUAAACUUUUUAAACCACAUAUGGAUCCUUCAUACAGAUUCAUAAAAGAGGAGUUUCCUACUGGAUUCAUUGUUUCCCCAUCACCACCAUCUUCUUCAACUUAUUCUUACCUCUAUUCAACCUCCAUGGUCCCAAAUGAUCCAACAACAUCAAGCUCUCCACAGCCAAUAGAAGGUCUCCACGAAUCAGGCCCACCUCCAUUUCUGACAAAGACAUAUGACUUGGUCGAAGAUUCAAGAACCAACCAUGUUGUGUCUUGGAGCCAAGCCAAAAACAGCUUCAUUGUCUGGGAUCCACAAGCUUUUUCCACCACUCUCCUCCCCAGAUUCUUCAAGCACAAUAACUUCUCUAGCUUUGUUCGCCAGCUCAACACAUAUGGUUUCAGAAAAGUGAAUCCGGAUCGGUGGGAGUUUGCAAAUGAAGGGUUUCUUAGAGGGCAAAAGCAUCUCCUCAAGACAAUAAGGAGAAGAAAGACAAGUAGCAAUAAUCAAAUACAACCACCUCAAUCAUCCUCACAAGAACAUUCUCUAGACAACUGUUGCAUAGAAGUUGGUAGGUAUGGUCUAGAUGGAGAGAUGGACAGCCUAAAACGAGACAAACAAGUGCUAGUGAUGGAGCUAGUGAAACUGAGACAGCAACAACAAAGCACCAAAGUGUAUCUCAAAUUGAUUGAAGAGAAGCUCAAGAAAACUGAAUCAAAACAACAGCAAAUGAUGAGCUUCCUCGCCCGCGCAAUGCAGAAUCCUGAUUUCCUUCAACAACUCAUGGAGCAGAAAGAGAAAAGAAAGGAGAUGGAAGAAGCAAUCAGCAAGAAGAGACAAAGACCGAUCGAUCAAGGGACAAGAAAUGUGGUUACUGUGGAAGAUUAUGAUGAUGAUGAUGAUGAUGGUGGUGCUAGAGGUGGUUAUGGAAGGUAUGGAAAUGAUGCUGGAUCCUCCUCAGCGUACAUGAAACAAGAAAUGUAUGGAGACUUGUCUGGAUUCGAGAUGUCCGAGUUGGACAGUCUUGCUAUGCAUAUUCAAGGACUUGGAGAUCAGUUUACUAGAGAAGAAGUCUUGGAUGUUCAGAAAAGAGAUGAAGAAGAAGAACAAGAAGGGUACCCAAAGGUGAACAAUGAGAUUUAUGGUGAGGGUUUUUGGGAAGAUAUGUUAAAUGAAGGUCAAAAUUUUGAUUUUGAAGGAGUUGAAGAAAAUGUUGAUGUGCUCAUUGAACAACUUGGUUAUUUGGGUUCUAGUUCAAACUAAUUGAGAUCAACUUGAAAAGAGUACUUAAUCAUUUGAAUCAUCUGGUAUCCUUCUGAAAGCGCUUUAUUCAAUUAGGUGAGUCAUAGACUAACUUGUUGAUGGGGUUAAAUCACUGUUCUUGUUUCUUUUGAUGUUUUUUUUGGAAAUAAAGUUUUAUAAAACAUUUUAACAUAUGCUUCGCAACUUGGAAUUAUAAUCUGAACUUUAAAUUUAAUUCAAAAGAUUCAUUAUCUUCUUAGGAAUAUAAUGAUCAUAUAUGUGUCUAUGUAGAUGGUCCUAAAAAUAUCUUGUGUUUGAUAUUUUUAUAUUUCAUAGGAAAAUAAUGAAAUUCGUUGUAAAUCUACGCAAAGUACUAAACUACAUGUAUUUGUUUUCUAAUUUGCUAUGCGUAUACUCAAAUAAUUUCAAGAAAGAAUCAAUUAUCCAACUGUAUAUAGAAUAACCAACAUAGAUAAAACCGUACUGGUGACCUAAAUUACGGUGGACUAGUGGAUGACAUCUCGAUAUUGAAGGAGUUUCCACAAUAAUUCAUAACUCGCAGCUCUAAUAGUUUAGAACACUCGACUUGUUAAAAAAUUGUAAUUCAACCCUGAAACACGGUUCUGCUUUUCAUUUUAACACUUAACUAUAUGGCUUUACUUUCCCCUUUUCACAUAUAUUCUUAGUAUUUCUUAUAGAAGUAACUAAUUUUUUGUAUCGUACUGCGUAAAUGGAAAAGUAUUGACUGGCCUUUUUGAUCCCGUUAUGAUAAUCAUUCUCUAGAAUAUUUAACCAAAAUGGACAACCAUCGGAUCCAAUUUGCUUUAUGGAUGUAAUUAUCAAAACUUUAGCAAUCGAGAUAAGGGUAUCAUUUAAAUGUUUAAAAUCCUUAAAUACACAUUCAUUUCAAAAACGAUCAGCAAAAUAUCAGCAAUGCGUAAUCUAUGGUGUCGAAAAUUAUCGUCCAAUAAUAAUCAUGGAAAGAAACUGCAACCAAAGAACUCAUCUCCAUGGAUAAUCUAAUGAGAUUAUAUGGUGGACAUAAUAACAAAUUGCGGGAUAAGACUCCGACGACACAACAGACUGGCAGAUAAACUUGCUAGCAUAUAAUAUGCACCUUAUAUUAAAUUGAAUACACUCUGCAGUAACAUGAUUAAGUUGUGUAACCUAUAUGUGCAACGAUUAUGUACCAAAAUAGAAUACAUGUUAAAUAUUAUAUAUGUGUGGCUGAAAAGAACAAAAUCUAGUUAUCAACACCUAGAUCAUGAAUCUAAGUUUAUAAAUACUAUAAAAAUAACAAACACAAAAUGGUAGAUUGGGGGAUGAAUCAUGAUACAUGAUUAAUUAAGGAAUGGACAGAAAAGGGAAAAGCAAACGACAAUGGUAAUAAGUGGGAGUCACGCAAAUUGUGUUCCAGUCGCUGUCUGUUGAAUUUAAGAUUGCGUAAGCACGUGCUAUCAAUGACUCACUGAGUCAUCGCCCCAUCUCUCGUUUCUUCAUGCUACUUGUAGAGGCUAUUUUUUUAAAUUUUUUGCCCAUAUCAGAUUCACACACUUCUUUUGGAUUACUUAAAUUUUACUGUCUGCUGAUCUCUUUAUUGGUCUCAGGUGAAACGUAUAGAUAGUUUAACUUACAGAUUAAAAUUGUUAUAUUUAAUUUGCAAAAAAAAAAAUUGUCAUACAAAAUGAGAAUCCCCUGUGGCCCUGUAUACUAAGAGUUUGUUUUAAUUAAAAACAACAUUGUUUAUGUAUCGCUUAAUUAAGAUGUCAAUUUUGCAUACGUGGCAGCAUAAGAAUCAAUUAAAAAUUAGUAAGUCCAAAAUUCAAUUGAAAGGAAAACUUAUACUAAUCUAAAUAUAAAUGUAUAUGAUAUGAUAAACUUAAUACUCAGUGAUCUCAUUAAAUUAAUACUCGGCAAUCUCAUUAAAUAAGACUUUUUUUAAAUGGAUCAAGGUUGAUUUAUAUGUGAUAUAACAGAAUAACUUUUAAAAAUAUAUAUAUAAGAUAUACUCUUAUUCCGUAUUACUUGGACAACAAUUUAAAUCAAAGUCUGUUAUAUAUUAUGGCCUAAGUUUUGCAUGUUUUUUCCUAUAAAUCGAAAAGUAAUGAUUUUAUUAAGUGUUGUUUUUUUAUUAAUAGAAAAUAGACGUUUUGAUAAAAAAAAAAAUAGCAAAGAGAUGCAGCUAUUCAAAAUUGUUUUGUUAAUAAAAGAAAAAAAUUAAUAUUGUUCGGUUCUCAGGCAUUCCUCGUAUACAAAAAUUUAUAUAAGGAGUAGUACAAAAUUCAAUGAAGGAAUAGUCAUUUUCAAGCUCAACUGACCGAAACCUAGUUUUAAAAUAAAAAAUAUAUGAAUAAUUUUUUUUUUGUAGAAAGUCUUUGAUUUAUUUGUUUAUUUGUCAUAAUACGCAGACUUUGUUGUUCGCCCCCUCGACGCAUUCCCUUCUCUCCCCGGCAUCAUCCCACACAGAAAGAAAGAGCGCGGAGAGCUGUAUGGAGCCGAGGAGCAAGGCAGCAGAUAAGAUAGAAGAAGGGGCCAGGCGUUUAGGAUAAGUCCUGAAAGGAAAAGGAAGACUGGAAUGCCUCCAGGCUUCUGCUUAGAGAAAGAAAGUCUUAUUCCAAAUUAAUUAAUACCUAAAGGACAUUUCAAUAUCUUUUUUGAUUCCAGAACAUAACAAGUUCCUAAAUUCUAUUUCUCUACGAAUCAAAUUGUAUUAAGAAUCAAAAAAUCGAAUAAAAAAUAAUGGCUUCAGAUAUCAAUCUGAUAUUAAGUUGUUUUAUUGUAACACAAUUCUUUAGAACUUAAAUUAUGAAAUUUAUAUUGAAUAUUAAGAAAAAGAUUUGGCACCUACCUAACUAUUUUUCGUAGUCUAGGAAAACAUUAAUAAUGACCACUCAUAGUAAUUAAUGAUAUAUAUCAUGUUAACCUAACUUACAUCCUAUACAAAGUAUCGGUUGCAAACAAAUAAUAUUAUCAUCUUUCUAUGUUUGAGCCUUAAGUAUAAUAAUUGUCGGGCUGCAAAAUUUUUUGUUCUCUUAAUGGGCCCAUAACCAAACUAUACUUCAAAUUAUAAACUUAAUCCGAUUUGUAAUUGUCUUUUUAAUAUUUUAAUUGUCCAUCUUAUGUUGUAAAAAAGAAAGUUAAAAAUCUGAUAUUCUGAAAAUUAGUGUAACUUCAAAAUCGAAAAUAUAUAAAUUUUAUUUACUGAUAAUUUAGUAAAAGAAAAUAUCCAAAUGUAUCGGUCCAACAUACAUAUGCUUAUAUAAAAAACCAAAAAAUGUAUACAUAUAAAAACAAUUCCAUCAUAUAUAAAUCUUAAAUUUGCCAAUACAAUAUUUUUAAUUAGAAAACAACUACUUAUUUCGGAUUGAGAUCGCUUAAAUAUUCUUUUUAAUUUCAAUUGAGCUGAAGGAGGAUCAAUCGUAAACUACCAGUAUUAUUACCAUUAGAAGAAAAUAAAAAUCCUAAAUUUUGAACCAAAUUUUCGUGAUACAUAAUUUUAGAAUCAAGAUCUUUUGGUAAGUUUAAAUUAAUUUUUUUUAUACCAGGCUGUUUAAAUAAAUAAGAAACGUUUCCGCCAAGUUAAUGCUUCCACCGAAUUUUUAAACUUGGUACAAAAUUUUGAAGAAAUUCUAUAUGGUAAUUUUAAUUUAAGAUAAUAGUAUACUUUGUCACCAAGUCUAUAAUUUUGACCAUUGAAAACAACUUGCCAAAUAUGUUUGUGGUAGUUUUGAACAUUUACAUAAAUAUUGGUUCAACGUAUCACACUAAAAUACGGUUUCUAGAUAAUUAAUGCUAAUUAUUUAAAUUUUCCAACCAAUCCGAAAACCUACCUAUGCCUAGUAUAUAUAUACGGUUAAGUUUUUCUUUAGAAAUACCAUCAAUUUUUUUCACAAUCUUAAUUUAUGAUUAUAGAAGUAUCAAUGAUAUCACAGUUUAAUUGUUUGAUUUGGGCUUCUAUACUUUUCUAUGUGUAUCAAAUAUUUAUAGCUAGUUAAUUAUUAUACAUUAAGAAAAAAACAUAAAUACCAAAUAUAUUUUGACCAGAAGAACACAUGUAUUCAGAAAUCAUCAGAUUUAACAAGACGCAGAUCUGUUUAUAAGUAAUCCUUAUUCCCUUGUGCGAGAAAUGGUCUCGUCUGAUGAGGUUAUGCUCGUAAUGCUGCCAACAGCACUGUUAUUUUCGAAGUGGGUUUAGAAAAUGAAGGCUCCAGUGAGACCUAUGAGUCCAAUUUUUGGAUAUCAAGGCCCAUCAACCUUACUUAUUUCGCUAGCAAUUGGUUUUUCUCACUUCUUAAUCUGUUGCAUUUCUGAUCUGAAUUCAUAUCAACCAACUAAUCCAGAAGGCUGACCUUAAUAUCAAAGGGUCAUCCUCAGAUAAGGCCAUUGUUUUGAAGUCCUCAAACUUCAUCCAUCCCUUUCUUUUUUUCUUUGCUAUAUACUAUUCCCUCUGUUUCAUAAUAAACUAGGGGGUGUUCGCGCUUCACGCAGAAUAUUGUUUUUAUUAUUGCUAAAAACAUGAUUUUUUAGAUAAUGUAAUUAUGUUGUCGUUUUUAUUUGUUAAAACUAUUAUUUGGUGUUUUUAGUGUGUUAUGUACUAAUAGAUGAUAGGUUAAUAUAUUUUGUGUUUAUUUUUUUCGAAUAAUGUGUUGUUGUGUGUAUAGUACUUGUUAAUAGUGAAAUGAACAUCUAACAUAAAAGAAUAUUGAAUUUCAAUAACUUUGUUGAUUCUAAAAUUAAAGGUUUCAGCGUCAAAAUUGCAUUAUAUUUUUCAUAUUUUUGAAAAUUAUAACUUUUAAGAUGUUUUUUUGCCCUCUCCCUAUAUUUUGACCUUGAGCCAUCACCGUCUAUGUAUUUCGUUACAUUUCUGGUGUGCAGUGGUUCUCACCAUCACCGGAAAAAGACUUACAUAUUUCUCUUGUUCUUCCUUGUCUUCUUCACCUGUGAGAUUAUAUGGUAUUUGUUGUAGAUCGGGUUUAUGAGUUUUCAGUUAUUCGGUUGAUUCUCACGGCAUUGUAGGUUGUUCCAGUCAAUAUUGACUGCUCCUCUUCUUCCUUAGAUUUUAGCUGAUGUUAGAAACUACAUCUUCUUGGUUGGGUCAGAGUUUAGUCUUUUUUGAUGUUGUAUUCCUCAACGUUGGCUUACCGUCAAUAGUCUCUGCUCGUCUUGGUUUUGAAGAUAUAGUUUUUGGUGUUCUGACAUAUAUGCUCUCUUUCAUAGUUCGAGGACGGAUUCAUAGUUUGCUGAUUUCGUUUCGUCUCCCUUUCCCUCUCUAUUCUCGCAUCUCUUUGAAACUUUCAUCGCAUCUCUGGUUGCUCUCCCUUUCACCAUGUUUUCCACUCGCGGUUUGGAUAAUGUUUUCGUUCGUGCAUGUUAUAUGAGCUUGGAAGGUUAUCUCUGGUCUCAAGUUUAGUCUCUGAUUUUUUGGUGGUUGUCUUCCAUUCUCCCUCCCUCAAGUUGUUUCUUUUCUUUCCAUGUUUUUUUUGGUAUAGGUGUGCGGAGUUAGUCUCUUGGAGCUUUGGUCCCUUCUAUCCAGAGAUUUGUGGUUUUUCACUUGCAUGACCGUGUUGUAUAUUCUUGUUUUAGUUUGUGAGGUGUUUCUUACCUUUUAGCUACUGAUUGUGUUUCCGGUGCUUUAGGCAUAUAUGUUCCCGCUUCUUUGUGGCUUUGGCCUUUCGAUUAUUAUUCUCCUUUUGACCCGCUUUCUUGGUUAUUUGCGUUGGUGCUCUAGUUUCUUAUUCUUAGUUUGAUUAUCUUAUGAUAUUUAUAGUGAAAUAAAUAUAUAAUUUGUAAAUGAAAUAAUAAAAAUUAGUAAAAAUAAUAAAAUGGUGAAAGUUUAUGCUAUUUUUAUUAUAAAUAAAUUAAAUAUUAAAAAUAUAUAUAUUUAUAUUAUUUUAUAUAUUUCUUGAAUAUUAGGGACUAAUAAGUGUGAAAAGGAUUAGAUAGUACAUAAUUAGAAAUUGAUGGAACAAAUUGCAAUAAUCCAAAAAGAAAAAAGAUUUAAAAUACAAAAACAAACAUGAGGACACAUGUCAACAAACUCCCCCCCCCCCUACACAUGUCAUAAGAAGGGGAAAAGCCAACUUUAUAUAUAUAGACUAGAGUCGGCCCGCCCUUCGGGCGGAAUAUAUUUUACUUGUAAUCUAGAUUAUUAUUUUUGUUAUGAUUUUUUGUGUCUAGGUUUGCAUACACUGUAUUUUAUUCUAUUCCAGUUUGAUUCUUUGGUUCUAGAGGUUUAAAAUCUGUUUAGAUAUUUAGAAAGUACAGUUCGGUUUCGGUUAGGUUUGGUGAUUUCGGUUUGGUUCGGAUAACAAAGUUGGAGACCGGCUUAUAUCAAAAAUAAUUUUGGAUCCCAUUCUAUUCCAGGUCGGUUUUGGUUUUUCGAUUAAUUUGGGUUAAAAGGUUAAAAAAAGAAGAGUUUUUCGCAUUAAUAUCAGAUUUUAGAUUUUCUGAUAAAAAUUCGAAUAAUUCAAAUAAUUUUUAAGUAUUUUAGAUAAAAAAAUAUAUUAUAGUGAUUGUCCAAACAACUGAAUGCUAUUGUCCUCCAAACCAAUUUAUGAGAAGCCAUGACAAAUGAAAAGUUAGACAAAAACCAAACUAAAUGACAAACUCGAAAGCAAACUACCUCAAAGGAAAAAACUUUAUAUUUAAUCAAGCAAAUCAGGCCAUCUUUAUGAAUAAGAAUAAAAAAAUGAAAAGAGAUGAAUCUCAAAUUCAUGAUGAAUUUCUUGUCUCUAUCUCUUGUCUUCGGCAUCCCAAGUUUACCUUGUCAAUAGUCAAACUUUGAUAUUGAGUUUAUGUAUUUUGUCUAAUACUCUUUUAAUU